GUAGAAAUUCUCUACAAAUUACACCAUAAGAAUCUCAUAAAAUUUAUGGGUUACUGCGAAGAGGAACAAAAUUUGGUUCUUGUAUAUGAAUACAUGUCCAAUGGAGACCUGCGACAUUUUCUGGAUGGUCAAACUUCUUCAAGAAAUUAUCUGGGCUGGGAAAGAAGACUCAACAUUGCAUUAGAUGCUGCUCAAGGAUUGGAAUAUCUACAUGUAGGAUGCAAGCCAAGCAUUAUUCACAGAGAUGUAAAGAGCUCCAAUAUUUUGUUGAAUGACCAAAUGGAAGCAAAAAUAGCAGAUUUUGGGUUGUCAAGGAUGGGACCAUUGGAUGGAGCUACACACGUAUCCACCCUUGUAAAGGGUACCAUUGGAUAUCUAGAUCCAGAAUAUUAUUCUACAAAUCGAUUGACAGAAAAGAGUGAUGUUUAUAGCUUUGGAGUUGUUUUGAUGGAGAUUAUUAGUGGAAAACAUCCUCACUUUGUAGAUGAUUCAACAUCUAACAGUGAACACAUACAAAUCACUAAUUGGGUAAGGGCAUCCUUAUUAAAGGAUGACAUAGAGAACAUUGCAGAUCCUAAUUUACUUGGAAAUUAUGAUAAAGAUGCAAUGUUGAAAGUGGCAAAUUUGGCAAUGGUUUGUACAUCACCUCAUUCUAAGAAUAGGCCUACAAUGAAUGAGGUGGUGUUAGAAUUGAAGGAAGCAAGUCAAUUCGAAACACAUGAAAUUGCAUCCUCACAUUCUCAUCCUUCUUUACAAACCUCUCAUAAUGUGGACUCAGAUGUGUCAUUAUAUUCAGUUGGUAGAUGAGAUAGAGGAAGAUGUUACAAAAUGGGCAGGGGAACACUCACAAGAAACCAAAAUAGCAGUAAUGAAAUCCUACCUCUAUUGUGGCUUAUUUCAUUUUAUUCACAUCAAUAGCCUAUAAUAACCUUUUGUAAAGAAAAUUAACAUUCAUAGCCUAUAUAUAUAGCUUGCCUUUUGAUAGAA